AUGGGUAAAGCGGUCUCCAAACUAUCAAAAGACGACCUCAAACUGCUCCGAGAACGGACGCUUUUUGACAAGCGUGAGUUGCAACAAUGGUAUAAAGGCUUUCUACGCGAUUGCCCUAGUGGCCAACUCUCAGAGGAGGAGUUUGCUAAAGUGUUUAAGCAGUUCUUCCCCUUUGGCGACCCAACCGAUUACUGUCAUUACUUGUUCCGUCUAUUUGACACGGAUAACUCAAAAUUCAUUGAUUUUAAGGAAUUCAUCGUGGCAUUGUCCCUCACGUCUCGUGGUGACGUGAACCAAAAACUCGAGUUCAGUUUCAAGCUCUACGACCUUAACAGGGAUGGAAAAGUAUACUAUAAGGAAGUUCUUGCAAUUACUUCAGCCAUUUAUAAAAUGGUGGGUCCAAUGGUUACGUUGCCGGAAGACGAAAAGACCCCGGAGUUGCGGGCCGAGAAGCUCUUUACCAUGUCAGACAAGGAUCCCAACGUCGACUACUUGGAUUUCAAUGACUUUAAGCGCCUUGUUAAGAAUGACCCAUCGUUGUUGAAUUCGCUCAACGCUUAUGAAGGCUUGGUUUAA